AUGCUACAAUCCCUUCAAGAUUUGGAUCUGUCCUCAAAUGGAAUAACAGUAUUGUUUACUUCGAUUUUCACAGAGCUUGUCAAUUUGGAACGCUUAGAUUUAAGCAACAACAAUAUAGAACACUUUGACGUCAAUAUAAACACAUUAUCACAUUUGUUGAAAAUUAAUCUUGAAAUUAACUCAAUUAAUACAUUAAAUAUAGGAGUUCGACGCAAACUGGAAGCCAACGAAAACGAUCGUUCUAAGUUUUCAAUAAACUUACAAAACAACUCGCUGGCAUAUGACUGCAACAAUCAAGAAUUUCUACACUGGUUGAUUCAACACAAAGCGAACAUGGUUGGAUACAGCAUAUAUAGAUUUGUUACAUCUGACGAUGUGACAAUAACUUUCGACAAAAUGAUGACUGAUCUGGACCACCUAGCAUCGAGGUGUAGGUCAUAUGUAGCGGUCAUUGUAAUUGGUUUGUUGGCGUUGGCAAUAUUCUUGUCAGUGAUUAUCGGUGGAGUGAUAUACAAGUAUCGCUGGAGAAUACGAUACCUCAUGUACAUGUCAAAGAAGAGAUUUUUUGGACAUCAUAUGCUUCCUGAUUACACAGCCAUACAAAACUACAAAUACGAUGCAUUCAUAUCGUAUGCAGAAGACAAUAUACGUUUUAUACUUGAUGACGUCAUUCCCCGACUAGAGACGGAUAUUAUUUCAUUGUGUAUUCACCAAAGGGACUUUCUUCCUGGAAACGCAAUCUCAGACAACAUAAUUCACGCCAUCCAGAGCAGCAGAAAGACGGUUGUCAUAUUGUCAAAUGCCUUUCUGAAGAGCAAGUGGUGCAUUUAUGAAUUCAACAUGGCGCGAAUGGAAAGCAUAUAUUCUAGAGGGGAGGACAUUUCGCUUGUUAUUGUGAUGCUGGAAACUGUUCCAAAUAGCGCUAUGCCGGUGGAAAUGUUAAGAUGGAUUCAAGACAAUAAUUAUAUUGAAUACACGACUGAUCACGAGGGGAACGCUCUUUUCUGGGACAAACUGAGACGUGUUAUAACAUCGUAA